AUGCGUCCUCCUCCUCCCAUUUGGAAAGCAAAACAGUUUGUCUAUUCUAUUCCCAUAAAAAUCGAAGCUGAGCAAGCCAUGAAGGUGUUGGCAAUCGCAGUGCUAUUGGCCUGCUGGGCAUCCGCGGUGGAACCACAAAAACCCUCCAUUUAUACGUUGAGAUUCACCGCCACGGACGCCACCAAAGGAAGGUACGAUGCGUUUAUGAUUGAUCUGAGAAGAGUACUGACACUCAAUGAGAAUGCGGUGCAAGGGAUACCCGUGUUGCCUUCCACCAACGAUCUGAAACCUACUGAUCUCAACCGGUACGUUGUGGUCGAACUCUUCACUAACAACAAAAAGGUGUCGUUAGUUAUUGAUGUCACCAAUGUGUACAUCUUGGGUUACCGACCGGGAGACGGAACAGCGUCCUACUUCUUUAACAGUGUUCCCGUGGCCGUACAAAAUCUCUAUGAUGCCCUCGAGGGUAAAGCUGGAGAAGACAGAGAUAAAAUCCCACUGGGAUUUGCCGAGCUACACCAAAAGAUUGAGAACUUGAACCAUUACAAGCCAAAAGACGACAUUAAAAAGGUUGCGUCAAGCCUUCUAGUUUGUUUCCAGAUGAUUUCUGAGGCGGCCCGGUAUAAAUACAUCCAGCAGCAAAUAGCUGCACUGGCACCGGUUGUUCCCGGUGGGGCUGGUAAAGUUUAA